UCCGGGCCAGCCCAGCGCGCAUCCCCGGGCGUCCUGCGCCGCGGAGAGCUUGGAGGGCCACAGGAGCCGCACGACAGGAGUGGACAAAGCAAGAUGGCAGGGAUCUUAGCUUGGUUCUGGAACGAGAGGUUUUGGCUCCCGCACAAUGUCACCUGGGCAGACCUGAAGAACACGGAGGAAGCCACCUUCCCGCAGGUUGAGGACCUCUAUCUCGCCUUCCCCCUGGCCUUCUGCAUCUUCAUGGUGCGGCUUAUCUUCGAAAGAUUUGUAGCCAAACCAUGUGCCAUUGCCCUCAACAUCCAGGCCAAUGGACCACAGAUUGCCCAGCCAAAUGCCAUUCUGGAAAAGGUCUUUACAGCAAUUACAAAGCAUCCAGAUGAGAAAAGGUUGGAAGGCCUUUCCAAACAACUGGACUGGGAUGUUCGAAGCAUUCAGCGCUGGUUUCGACAGAGACGCAACCAGGAGAAGCCCAGCAUCCUCACAAAGUUCUGUGAGAGCAUGUGGAGAUUUUCAUUUUAUGUCUAUAUAUUUUCCUACGCAGUCCGGUUCCUGAAAAAGACUCCCUGGUUGUGGAAUACAAGGCACUGCUGGUACAACUACCCCUACCAGCCACUGACAACUGACCUUCACUACUAUUACAUCUUGGAGCUGUCAUUUUAUUGGUCUUUAAUGUUUUCCCAAUUCACGGAUAUCAAAAGGAAGGACUUUGGCAUUAUGUUCCUGCACCACCUUGUAACUAUUUUCUUGAUUACCUUUUCAUAUGUCAACAAUAUGGCCCGAGUAGGAACCCUGGUCCUCUGUCUUCAUGACUCAGCUGAUGCUCUUCUAGAGGCUGCCAAAAUGGCGAAUUAUGCCAAGUUUCAGAAAAUGUGUUCUCUCCUAUUUAUUAUGUUCGCCAUGGUUUUUAUCACCACACGGCUGGGAAUAUUUCCACUCUGGGUGUUAAAUAGCACAUUAUUUGAAAGUUGGGAGAUCGUUGGACCUUACCCUUCCUGGUGGCUGUUUAACCUACUGCUGUUGCUAAUACAAGGGUUGAACUGCUUCUGGUCUUACUUGAUUGUAAAAAUAGCUUACAAAGCUAUUUCAAAAGGCAAGGUGACUAAGGAUGAUCGAAGUGACAUUGAGUCCAGUUCAGAUGAGGAGGACUUGGAACCUCCAGGGAAGAACCCCCAUACUACAACCACCACUAAUGGGACCAGUGGUACCAACGGGUAUCUCCUGACUGGUUCUUGUUCCAUUGAUGAUUAAUUAUUCAAAACUAUAAGUCCCGAACAAAGUGAACUAUUUGUUCCUGGAAGUAUUUAAUAAGUUGCAAAUGCAGUUCCUUUCAUAAUAUCUCAUCACCUGAAACAAAAAUUAGGAUUAUUAAAGCAUUUUGAAUAGUG